GCAUCCUGAGCGAAAGCCGAAAGGAUAGAGCCGUCUGAGGAAUCGCACGUGAACUCUGAGAACUGGUUUAAAGAAGCCUAGGCUGCCAGAGAAGAUCUUUGAAGUGUGAAAAAGUUUCCUGUACUUCAGGCCAAAAUGUCUUUUAUAGAUCCUUAUCAGCACAUUAUAGUGGAACACCAGUAUUCCCACAAGUUCACAGUAGUGGUGUUAAGUGCCACCAAAGUGACCAAGGGGGCUUUCGGUGACAUGCUGGACACUCCAGACCCCUAUGUCGAGCUUUUCAUCUCUACCACGCCGGACGGCAGGAGGCGAACAAGACACUUCAAUAACGACGUCAACCCUGUGUGGAACGAGGCUUUCGAAUUCAUUUUGGAUCCUAAUCAAGAAAACGUUUUGGAGAUCACAUUAAUGGAUGCCAAUUAUGUCAUGGAUGAGACCCUGGGGACGGCCACAUUUCCUGUAUCUUUGAUGAAAGUGGGUGAGAAGAAGGAGGUUCCUUUUAUUUUCAACCAAGUCACUGAAAUGAUUCUCGAAAUGUCUCUUGAAGUUUGCUCAGCCCCAGACCUACGGUUUAGUAUGGCUCUGUGCAAGCAGGAGAAACUGUUCAGACAGCAGAGAAAAGAAAAAAUAAAGGAAAACAUGAAGAAACUCUUGGGUCCAGAGAACAGUGAGAGCUUGUGUUCAACCCGUGAUGUGCCUGUGGUAGCCAUAUUGGGCUCAGGUGGUGGCUUCCGAGCCAUGGUGGGAUUCUCUGGAGUGAUGAAAGCGCUGUACGAGUCUGGGAUUUUGGAUUGUGCUACUUAUAUUGCUGGUCUCUCUGGAUCUACGUGGUACAUGUCUACUUUAUAUUCUGACCCUGAUUUUCCAGAAAAAGGGCUAGAGGAGAUUAAUGAAGAGCUAAUGAAAAAUGUUAGCCACAAUCCCCUUUUACUUCUCACACCGCAGAAGAUUAAAAGAUAUGUUGAGUCUUUGUGGAAGAAGAAAAGCUCUGGGCAACCUGUCACCUUUACUGAUAUAUUUGGAAUGUUAAUAGGAGAAACACUAAUUCACAAUAGAAUGACCACUACAUUAAGUAGUUUGAAAGAAAAAGUCGAUGGUGCCCAGUGCCCUCUACCUCUUUUUACCUGUCUCCAUGUCAAACCCGAUGUUUCCGAAUUGAUGUUUGCAGAUUGGGUUGAAUUCAGCCCCUAUGAGAUCGGCAUGGCUAAAUACGGUACUUUUAUGGCCCCUGACUUAUUUGGAAGCAAAUUUUUUAUGGGAACAGUUGUGAAGAAAUAUGAAGAAAACCCUUUGCAUUUUCUAAUGGGUGUCUGGGGCAGUGCCUUUUCGAUACUGUUCAACAGAGUCCUGGGGGUUUCUGGCUCACAAAAUAAAGGUUCCACAAUGGAGGAAGAAUUAGAAAAUAUUACAGCAAAACAUAUUGUGAGUAAUGACAGCUCAGAUAGCGAUGAUGAAUCCCAAGAGCCCAAAGGCACUGAAAAUGAAGAUGCUGAAAGGGAAUAUCAAAAUGAUAAUCAAGCAAGUUGGGUUCAUCGUAUGUUAAUGGCGUUGGUGAGUGAUUCCGCUCUGUUCAAUACCCGAGAGGGACGCGCCGGGAAGGUGCAUAACUUCAUGUUGGGCUUGAAUCUCAAUUCAUCCUACCCACUGUCCCCUCUGAGAGACUUCACAACACAGGAGUCCUUGGAGGAUGAUGAACUGGAUGCAGCUGUGGCAGAUCCUGAUGAAUUUGAACAGAUAUACGAGCCCCUGGAUGUCAAAAGUAAAAAGAUCCAUGUGGUGGAUAGUGGGCUCACAUUUAACCUCCCUUAUCCCUUGAUCCUGAGACCACAGAGAGGGGUUGAUCUUAUCAUUUCUUUCGACUUUUCUGCAAGGCCAAGCGAUUCCAGCCCUCCCUUCAAGGAGCUUCUACUAGCAGAAAAGUGGGCUAAAAUGAACAAGCUCCCAUUUCCAAAGAUAGACCCUUACGUCUUUGAUCGGGAAGGACUAAAAGAGUGUUAUAUCUUUAAACCCAAAAACCCCGAUGUGGAGAAAGAUUGCCCAACCAUCAUCCACUUUGUUCUGGCUAACAUCAAUUUCAGAAAGUACAAGUCUCCAGGUGUUCCAAGAGAAACUAAAGAGGAGAAAGAAAUAGCUGACUUUGACAUUUUUGAUGACCCAGAAUCACCAUUUUCAACUUUUAACUUUCAAUAUCCAAACCAAGCAUUCAAAAGGUUGCAUGACCUAAUGUACUUCAAUACCCUAAACAACAUUGAUGUGAUAAAGAAGGCCAUUGUUGAAAGCAUUGAAUAUAGAAGACAACAUCCAUCUCGUUGCUCCGUUUCACUCAGUAGCGUUGAGGCAAGGCGAUUCUUCAAUAAGGAGUUUCUAGACAAACCCACAGCAUAGUUUGUGCACGGGAACAGGCAGGCAUUUCUGAUGUGGAGGCAGUCUGAAAUUCCUUGACAACUGGAUUUGAAGCAUGGUACAGACAGUAGUACUGAUCAUAAGAUACUGGCUGAUUUGAGAUGAUGUUGACUAUGCACAAAAUAUUCUUAACUACAAUUUCCAUCAGCUCCUGAUGUAGAAAUAUAUGCUGUAUUUUUAAACAUUACUUACUAGCUAUUUUAUGUGUGCUCCUGUUAAAAAUAUCUUUUUAAGAUAUUUAACAGUUCAAUCUCAGUAAGACUGCAUCGUUGUGAAUGCUAUUCACUGACUAGAUUUAUUCAUGCUAUGAGACAACACUAUUUCUUAUUUAUAUGUAUACAUAUAUGAAA